UUUAAGAUAUAUGACUCCUCUUUUUGCUUCUCUAAAGUAUAAAGAAUAUUCGUAUAAACCCUCAUAUAAACCCAUAAUUUUUCCUCGGCACUCUUUAUGCUUCUCUUUAGAGAGGUACCAGGAGUGCCGAGUGAAAAAUAGAAAAGUUUAUGUGGGUACCGAAAAGAAUUAGAGGGUCUGCAGGGGUGCUGGAAAGAUCAUUAUGAGGUGACAGAGACGAGUGUUACGAAUUCGAGGUAGUGAGAAGCAAAGGGUAGAGAGUGCCAACCACGCCCCAACACCGGAUUGGUUUACCUAUCGGUUGCCAUGAGAACGGAGUGGAGAGGGUGUGCGAGCGAGUCAGUGGGAAAUCGAGAUUGAAGAAUGUAGAGAGAUGUCAUUCCCGCUCUUUUACAGGAUAAUGUGCAAAUCGUAAGUCCCGAAUCGACAUGCUUCCAGUGCGAUCUUAUAGUGUCCGCGUUAAGAAAAGAAAUAAGGAAACAGAGGCAGCCUUUCGUCGCAGCCUUCAGAGGCGAAGAGCAGGCUCCACCGUUGGAGUGGAUACAAUUGCUAAUGGUAGAAGAGUGCGAACCACCUGUAGCACUUUAACUGUGCAAGCACCCGUCGAAAGAUGUCGAAGCGGCUCAAUCAGCAGCGCCAAAUCUGCUCCAGAAAGAAGGCUCAGCGGUGGAAGCGGUGGCAAAGGAUGGCUCACCCCUUCGCCAAGAUCCUCUGUAGCCUUCGGAGAUAGCUUGCGCUUGGACGUUUUGCGCCGAACUUCGGGAAGCUCCUCGAGCAGCAAAGCUCCCGAAUUACCCACCGUACACUCAGUAGAAGACCUGACAGCAGAGACUGUCGAAAAAACCGAAAACGAGCUUGAGAAAGAAAGAUUGACAGCUUUAAAUGCCGAAGCAGCAGGAUUGGGUGAAGCUGGCAUUUUCAGUGAUUAUGGCAGUUUAAGAAAAAGAGAAAUAUUUCAUUCAGAAAUGGCAAGAAAGAGAGGACAACAACUUAAAAGAGGCGAAGGGCCUUCGUCAUUAUUUCUUCUGAGUGAUAAGAAUAUCGUCAGGAGAUGUACCAAAUUCAUUAUCGAGUGGCCAUAUCCUUUUUUCUUUACUUCAUAUUUAUAUAUAAAUAAAUUAAUAUAUAUAUAUAUAUACAGGUAAAUAUUAUUUAAUUCAUGAUUUGAACACAAUUAGUAAAAGAAGAACAUGAAGG